GACAACGUGUAUCCAAUGAACCACAGGGCUUGCGUUUGACAAGAAGCAAAGCGUGCACGGAAUGUAAAACGCAAAAAACCAAGUGCGAGACCAAGACUGGCCAGACGUCAUGUACCAGGUGUCUGCGCCAUGGACUCGAAUGUGUCUCGUAUGAUGUCUCGCAGCAGUUUUUGCAGAGGGAUACAGUAUGGAAGAAUCAAACUACCGAAGAGGUUGGCUUGUUGCGAGCGGCAGUCGAGCAUCUGUUGAGCUAUACGAACCAGCCGGAUUUAUCAGCUUUUGCAUCGCAGACCAGCCGGUCGGGUCGAUCCAAUGUUCAGCAAGGUCGCCCGGAUGUAGGGAUUGACAUGUCGAGGGAAAAUUCUCCGCAGCCUCAGGAGAAUGGGCCGACAGGACUGGUGACUGCACCGAUGCGCAGUUUGUACGAAUUGACACGGCUGAAGAAUCUGCGAAACAAUCCCGCGUGGAAGCCAAAGGCAUCAUUAAUUGAUGAUGACUUUAUCUCACAGGGUGUUGUGUCAGUGGAUGAAGCCGAGUUCCUGUUCACGCGGUUCGUGGAGUCUAACAACCGGAUGCUCUGGGAUGGAGCUCUGCUGCUGCAUCAGAGCCUAGACUCGGUUCGACGAUCAUCAACUCUGCUCACAGCGAUCAUUCUUACCGUAGGUGCCCUGCAUACUCCGGAGCAAACGGAAGCAUUCCAUCACAGCUAUGAUGUGUUUGUGUCCCUUGCUUCAAGCUUGUCACUUGCCCGACAUCACAGUCUCGAUGACAUCCGUGCGCUAUGCAUCGGUGCCUUCUAUCUGGCAAACUUGAGCUGGAAGCUGUCUGGUCAGGCAACCCGGAUCGCAGCUGAGAGUGGUCUCCAUCAGUCCUAUCAUCGACUGAUGCAGGGAGAGACAAAUCAGAUGGAACACGUCCGACUGUGGUAUGCCACCUAUGUAUGCGACCAUCAAUUCAGCAUUGCGCAUGGGAGGCCGCCGGCCGCUGUUGACGACGAAUCAAUUCGAAAUAUUGAGCAAUUUCUUCAACAGUCCGAGUCUACGAAUGGAGAUGCUAGACUAGCCGCACAAGUAUCAUUAUUUACCACAUUGACAGAAGCCUACAUGGCUUUUGGCAGUGACCUCAAUCGGCCACUCGACCAGGAGGAUCUGCAGAACAUGCGGACUUUCAACGUCGCGGUCGAGCAAUGGCGACUCCAGUGGGUGCCGCGUUCAAAGAAUUGUGCCAGCCUGGGAUCGUACCCAUCUAAGGCUCUUAUCUUGUAUUAUCAUUUUGCCCGAUUCCAGCUCAAUUCACUGGCACUUCGCAGGGUUGCUUCCCCUGGUGCUUCUGGGUUGGAAACAUUAUCCCUCGAUCAUCGCGAGGCGGCCAAUACGGCUAUUGCAGCUGCCAUGGCGACCCUGACACUGAUUUUGGAAGAAACCGACCUGCGCAUCGCCUUUCCCAGUGUUCCGAUAUUCACCUAUACCAUGGUCGCGUUCUGCGCGACCUUUCUCUUAAAAAUGGCCGCGACCUGGGGAAGAGACAAUGCGGGAGGUGGGGAUGGCAACAACCGACUUGGACUGACGAUAAAUACUCGAGACAUUGUGUCUCUUGUGCAGCAGUCGGCUGAUAUGCUGUCUGGCGUAGCUGCCAGUCUCAACGAGAAACACCUUGCCAAGCAUAUUGCUGCCGGCAUGCUGGAGAUGUUGCAGCAGUUCCAUGCUUUGGAUAAGGAUACGCAGCAUACUGACCUACUGGCAGUGGACAUGAAUGCCAUCCCCAUGGUGCAAGGUCCCGACGACAACGCCUUCUGGGCGGGAGAAUACAACUGGCACGAUCUCGGAGGUACAUUUGGCUUCGGUCUAGACGAGACAUUACUAGGCCAAAUGGCAGCAGACAAUUUCGAACUAUGGCCACAAUAGGCUGCCAUUCAACCAUCUACCCGUAUUAUACAAUGCACCUUACCCUCACAACCUCGCCUUCACCAUAU